CCCAAGAGGGUGAGAAGAAAGCUGAGUAUGACAUUUCCUAUCUUUGAGACUCCGGAGGGAGGACGGGUCCAUGCCCCUGUUGAAUAUAAUCAGAUUAAGGAAUUAGCGGAAUCAGUUAGAAAGUAUGGAGUCACGGCCAACUUUACUCUAACACAACUCGACAUGUUGGCCAUGACAGCAUUGACACCAGCUGAUUGGCAGAUGAUUGCUAAGGCAGCCCUUGCCAGCAUGGGCCAAUACAUGGAAUGGAAAGCGCUCUGGUAUGAGGUAGCCCAAACACAGGCCAGAGCAAAUGCUACGGCCUUAAUACCUGAGCAACAAGAAUGGACUUUCGAACUCUUAACAGGACAGGGCCGCUUUGCAGCUGAUCAGGCUGCUUACCACUGGGGCGCCUAUGCUCAGGUCUCCAGCACGGCUAUUAGAGCCUGGAAGGCACUGUCCAGGAGAGGAGGGAUUGAUAAUCAACUUACAAAAAUCGUUCAGGGACCCCAGGAAAAUUUCUCAGAUUUUGUAGCUAGAAUGACAGAGGCUGCAGGACGAAUCUUUGGCGAUCCUGAACAAGCAGCACCACUAAUAGAACAGCUCGUUUUCGAGCAAGCCACCCAGGAGUGCCGAACAGCCAUAGCCCCCCGAAGAAAUAAAGGGCUACAGGAUUGGCUUAGAGUUUGCAGGGAACUUGGAGGGCCCCUUACUAACUCAGGCCUGGCGGCUGCCAUUCUCCAGUUCCAGCGAUGCCCCGUUAAAGGGACGGAUAAAAGAUCAUGCUUUCAAUGUGGGAAAACAGGCCAUCUAAAAAGAGACUGCAGGAUGACAAAAAGAGACAGGGGGUCUGCAACCCUCUGUGUCCGAUGUGGCAAAGGCUACCAUAGGGCUGACCAGUGCCGAUCAGUGAGAGACAUUAAAGGCAAACUACUCCCUUCUUUGGAGACUCGACCUAAUGAGAUGUCAAAAAACGGGCUGGUGGGCCCCCGGUCCCAGGGCCCUCAAAGAUAUGGGAACCGCUUUCACAGGGCCACGACCCCGGCAGAGAAGGUCCCCCAAGAGAUGCCAUUGGGGCAGCACGACCCAUACCAUGGAGGACGGAGGACACGGUGUGGCUUCCCCAAUGGCCAUUAA